AAACAAUCCGUUUCAGUGGAAUGAUACUUCCUCUGAACAGAUUUACCAGGAAUUAGAACAUGGUUUCUCCCGCGAACACGGAUAUAGUAUAUGAGGUAUUCGCUGUGACCUUGUUUUAAUAGCCUAAGCUCAGCGAGUUCCCUUCAAAAAUUCCUCGCUGGCAUCUACACACACACACAAACGCCAACCCAACCAUAACAACUCCGAAAAUGACCUCCCGAAUUCCGGCGUGGAAGAAGCUCGGGUUGCAGCUCAAGAAUUCCACUACCUCCGCUAUCGAAACAGAUACCGCUUCGCAUGUCACUUCGCAUGUCUCUUCUCCGUCCAAAGGAACUAAAAAGAGGCCUCUUACGUCGGAGAACGAGGAACCAAACGUCAAAAAACAACGGGUGGAGAAAAGCACGAUUAAUGACAAAACCAAACGGGAAGAAGAGGAUAUAAAUGGAAAAAUACUGAAAAAGAAUGCCUCGAAUCUAGAGUUGAAAUCAUCUAUUGAGCCAUCCUCCGUGGAGCAGCGAGAUGACAAACCCCCCUCAAAACCUAAAUCCAAGAAAAGAAAAUCCGUCUCCUUCGCUGAGGAUACAAAAUCGGAAGAUGGAGAUGCAGACGUCGAAUUAGAUCUUGAACAGGAGGACGAGGAUGAUCGUGAACCAAGCCCAGCCGCUACAAGGAAAGCAGAGAAGAAGAAAUUGAAACGACAACAGCGCGCAAAGAAUCGCCCUACCCUAGCUUCGUCAAUGGAUUCCCCUGCUUCCCACACCCACCCAAUCCUGCAAUACCUUACCCUCUACCACAAAUCUCGGGCUCAAUGGAAAUUUCAGAAGAAUCGCGAAACCCAUUUGCUUAAGCACGCGCUAUCGGUGGAUCGCAUACCUUCGGCAUACAAUGCCUCAUUGGCUGCAUAUCUUGCCGGCAUAAAAGGUGACGGGGCGAAGAAGAGAGUUGCGGAGGUUGCCGUGGAAGCUAUCAAGGCGGAUGAUGCCAAUGUCGAUUCGGAGAAGGAGAUUGAUGGUGGCGAUGCGUCUCAGAAGGAUGUGUAUAGGGAUUCGAUAUCAUCGUUCAGAAAACUGCUAGCGGAACAAGGGGCGGACCCGCACAGUUUGGAAGGAGACAUGGUUGGCGACGAAGCAACAGACCUAAAUGCCGUUUGGGUUAAAAGACUCGAAAAGAGGAGGAGAGCGGAAUUGGUUCGCCAUUUUGUUGGUGGCAGUAUACCAACAACCGCAGCGGCGGAGUCCCAACCACAGCAGAAAUCGGUCGUGACCAAGAAAAAGAAGAAGAAUAGAACGGCCGUUGUGGAUGACGCCAGUAGCAGCAGUAGCAGCAGCAGCAGCGAGAGUGACAGUGAUAGUGAUAGCGACAGCGACAGCGAAAGUGAUGAUGCUAGCUCGAACCCUGCUGCAAAGGAGGUGAACGGGAAGGGCACACUUGACCAUGAGUCAGAAUCAUCGUCUGAUUCAAGCUCGGAUUCAGAUUCAGAAACUUCGUCGGGCUCAAGCUCGGAUUCAGACUCGGAUUGAAGGAUGCAGAUUUGCAAGCAAACAAUACCAGCUACAAACCGCUCAACAUCUCAACGCAGCUUUAUACAUCUCUUUAGUGGCAGCACUAGAUUGUACGGGGAACCUUUUCCGUUUCAGGGGCGUCCCAAACGGGAAUAAACAUUCAUUAUUUAAUUUUCCUCGCCGCGUCUACGAAAUCUUGAAUGGCACACUUCCUCGGUAUACCCCCUUUAGAAAGUAAGCGUCCACUGGAUUCUUGCCUUCUGGGUUCUAUUUCGUGCUCAACCUUACAUCCCCCAUAACUUUCUUUUUUGCAGCCUUCCCUCACUGUAUAUAAGUAUCUACGUUGAACAAGAAAAUAUCAUCAUAAGAUGCAUGUAUGUAAUAAAUAAAAUCCAAAAGGUAUCAUGUAGAAGCUCGCGAGUCAAAAAGUUUGAAAGAAUGUAAAAAGAAAAAAAGAACGAAAUCACGACUAAGAGAUCAUAGAAAAAUCCCAGAAACCGAAGCCCUCCCAAUAGACACACAAGAUGCAUCAAAAGUAGGCGAACAAAACUCCAUCCUCCCCCCAAACAUAAAAUGCAACAAUGCAAACAGAAUCAACCACCCCCUCUCUCCUUUUCCUUCUCCUUCUCCUUCUCCUUCUCCCUCUCCUUCUCCCUCUCCCUACUCUCCCCCUCACCAGCCCGCCGCCUCUCCCUCUCUCUAUCCUUUGC